UAACCUAAUACUGAUAGCCGUUUAACCUAGUGAUCGGGUAUGAUAUAUAUUCUCUGAUGCUCUCUCUCCUCCACACCAUAUGCUAUAGCAUUGGGUCUGGACUCCAUUCUAUGUUCUUGUUCCACUUCCACCACCAUGCACGCAAAAUUCUCCCAUUCCACUCUACUACGCUCCUUAUCCCAAUCCCAUGCCAAUCCAAACCAACCCAAAUUCUCUCUCUCUCCACAACCACACACACACCAUGCACUCACUCUCACUCACACUCCAAUCUCCUCACUCUCGUCUCCAACGCCCACUCUCUUCACCAAACCAAGCAAGCCCACGCCUCUGCACUUCUCAACGCUCUGCUCCCUCACAGUGUCUCUCUCUGCGCCUCUUUAAUGCUCAGCUACUCCACCUUCGGAGACCCCGCUGCCUCUCGCUUUCUCUUCCACCAAACCUUUCGCCAUUGCCGCAAUGCCUUCCUGUGGAACACCCUUAUUCGUGCCAACUCCAUUGCCAAAGUAUUUGAUGGGUUUGAGACUUAUAAUAGGAUGGUUAGGACCGGUGUUCGACCCGAUGAUCAUACUUUCCCUUUCGUUCUCAAGGCGUGUUCGGACUAUACGGAGGUCCGGAAGGGAAUGGAGGUUCAUGGGGUUGUGUUUAAGCUGGGUUUUGACUUGGAUGUCUAUGUUGGGAAUACCCUUUUGAUGUUUUACGGGAAUUGUGGGAGUUUGAGUGAUGCAAGGAAGGUGUUUGAUGAAAUGCCUGAAAGGGAUGCUGUGUCGUGGAAUACUAUAAUUGGGGUGUUGUCGGUUAAUGGGUGUUAUGGUGAGGCGCGUGAUCUUUUUAAAGAGAUGAAUUUGGAAUCUGGGUUUAGGCCGAAUUUGGUAACUGUUGUUAGUGUGUUGCCGGUUUGUGCUGGUCUUGAAGAUGGGGUCAUGGUGAGACGUAUUCAUUGUUAUGUUGUGAAGAUUGGUUUGGAUAUUCACGUGAAUAUUGGCAAUGCGAUGGUUGAUGCAUAUGGGAAGUGUAGGAAUGUGAAGGCUACAAAGCAAGUUUUUGAUGAAAUGGUUGAGAGGAAUGAGGUUUCUUGGAAUGCAAUUAUCACCAGUCUUGCUUUUAUGAAUCGUAAUUUGGAUGCCUUGGAGAGAUUUGGUUUGAUGAUUGAUUCAGGGUUUAAACCGAACUCUGUUACCAUUUCUAGUAUGCUGCCAGUGCUGGUCGAGCUAGAACACUUUAAAGCAGGCAAGGAGAUUCACGGGUUCAGUAUAAGGAUGGGUAUCGAGGAUGAUGUUUUUAUCGCAAACUCAUUGAUUGAUAUGUAUGCAAAAUCAGGCUGUACAACUGAGGCAUCCAAUGUGUUUUAUAAAACAAGUGAAAAGAAUGUUGUCUCUUGGAAUGCCAUGAUUGCUAAUUUUGCUCAAAACAGGCUUGAGUUGGCUGCAGUACAACUAGUAAGAGAAAUGCAAGCUCAUGGUGAAACUCCCAACUCUGUCACCUUCACAAAUGUUCUGCCAGCUUGUGCACGACAGGGUCUUCUUCAUCCUGGAAAAGAAAUCCAUGCAAGGACAAUUCGCACAGGAUCUGCCAAUGAUUUAUUUGUUUCUAAUGCUCUGACAGACAUGUAUGCAAAAUGUGGCUGCCUAAAUCUUGCCCAAAAUGUCUUUAAUAUCUCCCUUAGAGAUGAAGUAUCAUACAAUAUACUAAUUGUAGGAUACUCUCAAACUAGUGAUUCUUCAAAAUCUCUGAGUUUGUUUCUGGAGAUGAGGCUUACAGGUAUGACGCAUGAUAUUGUUUCUUUUGUGGGUGUUGUAUCAGCUUGUGCAAAUCUAGCUGCAAUCAAGCAAGGCAGAGAGAUCCAUGGAUUAUUAGUGAGAAAGCUUUUUCACACUCAUCUAUUCAUUGCAAACUCACUAUUGGACUUCUAUACCAAAUGUGGACAAAUUGAAAUCGCUAGUAAGGUCUUUGAGCAGAUCCAAAUAAAGGAUGUUGCCUCUUGGAAUACUAUGAUUUUGGGCUAUGGAAUGUUAGGUGAAUUGAACACUGCAAUCAAUCUUUUUGAGACAAUGAGGAAAGAUGGUGUAGAAUAUGAUUCAGUUUCAUACAUUGCAGUUUUAUCAGCUUGUAGUCAUGGAGGGCUCAUUGAGAAGGGGAAGAAGUAUUUUGAGGAGAUGCAGGCUCGGAAUAUUAAGCCAACACACAUGCACUAUGCUUGUAUGGUUGAUCUUCUAGGCCGAGCUGGCCUAAUGGAAGCAGCAGUUGAGCUUAUUAAAGGUCUGCCUAUUGUGCCAGAUGCCAAUGUCUGGGGAGCUUUGCUUGGGGCAUGCCGAAUUUAUGGGAAUGUAGAGUUGGGGUGUUGGGCAGCAGAGCAUCUGUUCAAGUUGAAGCCCCAGCACUGUGGGUACUACAUUCUUCUUUCAAACAUGUAUGCAGAAGCAGGAAGAUGGGAUGAGGCAAACAUGGUUAGGGACUUGAUGAAGUCAAGGGGAGUGAAGAAGAAUCCUGGUUGUAGUUGGGUACAUAUCGGCGACCAGGUGCAUGCUUUUCUAGUUGGAGAGAGAAUAGAAGGAUUGGAUACAGAUAUUUGGCUUGCAGAAUGCAGUUAAUUAUAUUAACGUGAAGAAGCCAUCAAAUCAGUUGAGAUAAGAAGUUGUCUCUUCAAGGAUGGUUCAAUCUCACUCAUGCUUAAUCUCAAAGAGAUCAGUUGCAAAAGGUGGUGUUAUUACACAAAUGCAAUCCUCAUUGAGCUUAUAAUCAAAUGACAGGACAUGCCUAAGUAGUCAUGAUUGAUACCAAAAGAUCAUAUUGAUGCAACAAAGAGUGCUAUACAGGAUGAUCAUCUUCAGGGAUAUUCCUCUCAACUUUUCCAACAAGAACAAAGGAAGUAGAAGCUCUCUCUCUCCCACAAAAUGACCAAAUGGUGACCUUCAGUUGAAGUUCGGCUCAACCACUUGUGAGGAAGAGCAGAGAUCUGAGAACAUUGGCUCAACCAAGAAAAUCGAUUAUGGCUUAGCUGCUUUAGCAACUGCUGCAAUCAUGGAGGCAGUAGAAGUUGUAAUAUCAGGAGUCUUUGCUAUGCAUGAAUGCCUGAUGACGCUUCCAAACUCCUGGCCCAGCUACGAAAAAGAUAAUUGCUAUCCAUUAUUAGUUAGAAUUUCAAUGUGAAAUUUUGGAUGCUACUGUCCUUUGUUUUCUACAUCUAUCCUAGGGUGUUAAUUUAUUGGUUGACCCAUGUGGUAGGUAUUAAUGGUACAAUUAUCCUAGGAUGCUAAAAAUUUUCCAUAUACAGACACCUGCUAAAUACACUAUUGUUGCCUGCUCAAAAAAACAAAAAAGAAGAAGGGAAUUAUGCUGAACUUCAGGUCUCAUAAAGUGUUUGUCCAAAUUCAUGUACAGACUCAUGCAACCAUGCUUAUUGACUUGUUGUCAACUAAUCAAGCUGAUAAAAACAUUCAAGAAUUGCUUCAGAAGUCUAUAUAAUGCAGCCAUUGGAGAUUUAUUUGCUAUUAUGUGGAAAGGUUUUGGCUGUUGAUGUAUAUAUGCUUUGAGUAAAUUUUAUACUUUGUACAAGAUGAUAUAUCUUUUAAAUUUUAAGCACAAUAUUGUUAGUUGCUUUAA